UAAGUAUAGUUCAUUAGUGUAACACAAAUUACAUUAAUCAAUUCACUUAUUAAAUGUAUUUAAGACAGAGCAACUCAAAAUGAAUUGUUUUCAUUGGGGACCGCCCCUUUGCACACCCCCUUUGCGUAUGCGCAACAUCCGUUCUGUCAUUUGCCGCCUUUUGUCUAACACUGACUGUGGAAACUGACUGGGGAAACUGACGGUGGAAAGUCUAUUAUUUGUUUGAUCAGCAUUAACAAGCACCUUGGGGAAACCUCUUAUUUAUGGUUAUGCAUGUGGCAGUGCAAACACUGCAGUUUGGAACUAGCUAGCAGAUUAAAAGGUGUUCCAUAACGGCAGGUCGGGCGCUUCUGCGCAUCAUCUUUGCCGACCAGUCUGACUCUAGAAAACUGACCCUGGAUUCGGGAAUCCCAGCAACAGUUGAAGAACUGCACACAUUUGUCAAGACAUCUCUUCAAUUGAAAGAGGACUUCCGUCUGCAAUACAUGGAUGUUGACUUUAACGAGUUCAUGAAUCUUACAUCAGUGUCUGAAAUUCAGGAUAAAAGCACACUGAAAGUAAUUUACUCUCCUAUAUUGUCAAAUAUUGAGCCCUCCAUCACUUAGUACACAGUUGACUCAUUUGAUAAGACCUCAAUUACUGGAAGCUCAGAGUCUCUAAUCCCUGCAUCAUCAAUAGCCUCAUGCUGCAGUGAUGAUAUGGUGUAUACGUCAACCCCGCAUCCAUCCCCUGAAGCUCAGGCCUCACAAUUGUUAUCCUGGCCCACAGUUUUUGUGGUUCCUAAGCUCACCUACGAGGCUGAAUUUGAGCUUCAUCUACAGAAUGCAGAGUUUGAGACAACUGGUACAUACUUCCAGCCUGGCCUAAAGCUGAAAGGAGUCAUUCUUGAUGGCCUAGCCCAAGAAAUGAUCAAAUUCACAAAAUAUCCAAAAGACUAUCAGUGUGAAGAGGUAGCUGCAGCGUUGACGAGGGCCCACCCUUGUUUGGGGCAGCUAGGAUCCAAGAUAGGAUUUGGGGGGUGGAAACAGUCUCUUAAGUACAAAAUGCAAAACUAUCGUACAAAGCUUGGCCGUCUUGGACAUCCUGAAAUCCUUGUGAACUCCUUAAAGCACAAGAAAGCAGGCCAAGGCAAAGCUGCAGCAAACAUAAAAAAAACAAGAAAAGCUGAAAUAAACUACAUUCCUCUGCACCCAAAAGGCGAAACCACAGAAAGCUUGGAGAACGAGAGAAUUGCCUUAUUGUCAGAACUGAAAAAGCGUGACAAUGAAGUGGUGAUAAAAGCAAAAAUGGAAAAAACCUUCUCUCACAGACGCCUUGAGAUUGUGGAGCAAAGGCCUUUGAUAGGGGACUUCAAAUGCAGAUGGCCUGCUCUGUUUCAGCAGAGUGAAGUGAAUGCGGAGUUUUUGAGGAUCACAACAUCACCACUUCAAUCAAAGUUCAUGUGGCAGCUGGACCACUUCUCAGACAAGCUCUUGAAGAUCUUCAAGAUCAAAGGAGGACUAAAGGGCCACAAAAUCAAGGAAGCCCUUGCAAUAUCAGAUUUGUUUGAAAACAUCCACAUCAAGAGGGGGUGCAUCCUGCGAAGCAUCGCGAUCUACCUCAACGAGGAUCCAGACUCUUUUUUUAAGGAGUAUCAGGCCACUGCCUCUGAAGAUGCCAAGAGGGACAUGGCAAACACAGUCAUGGGCAUAUACACACUUCAAAGAGAUGUGGAUGGGCAGCAAGAGGACGUGGGAAUUGUCAUCGAAGGCAAUAUAGUCAUGGACAACUUGGGCAGCGUGAUUGUGGGGUUUGUCAUGCUAUUGGGACUUAUUUAUGCCCUGGAUUUGAGCUUUCCGGACAACCUCAAACACACCUUCGAGUUCAUGCAGAAGGUAGUGAUGAAUCUGGAUGGGCACAAGCUGAAUGGUAAAAUCGAAAGUCUGAAGAUCAAGUUGUUCGAUUUAAAUGUGAAAAAGAAGUGACUCAUGAGUUCAUUGUUGUCAUUUUAUUCACGAGUUUCCUAAUCAGAGCAGAUUGAGCCGUUAUAUCAAUCAUUUGUGCUUUUCUGUAUUUGUUUGUUUCAACACACUGUAACACUAUUUCCAUAUGUUGGUGUUUGCAGUGCACUCUUCAUGUUAUGUGUUAUUGUCCUGUUAGAAGAGCAGUGCAUACCCCUGUUAUAUUGUAUUCAUUGUAUUUGGCAAAGGGAGAUUUGUAAGUUAAUUAUAGGAGUUCCAUUUCUCUGCCAUUUUAAAAAUGGUAUUAUCUUUCAGAAAUGUUUUUCAUCUUUCAGUGUGAAUUCAUUCAUUUUAAAACACUAUUGAAUGGAGGAUUGUUUUGAAUAAUGUGAAUUUAAAAAUAAAAAAAACUAAACCAUGUUUUCUAUCAUGUGUAACACAUUUUUAUUAAAUUAUAUUUAACCUCAUUAUUUCAUUUUCAAUUAAUUAAAUAGGAUUUAGGUGGACUAGCAUUAUCUAAAUUCAUAAAGGUAAUGUUAUCAUUUUACUUAAACUCUAUUUGAAAAAUUUGAGUUGGACUAACUCAUUUACAUUAUACUGCAUGGAUGCCAUUAGUUUGAGUUUGUGCCACAUAUAUUUAUUGGAUGGAAAACCUGCCAACAAUAAAAUUGAGUUAAUCCAAUGAGUUAUUUC